AUGGUUAUGUUCGCAAUUUGCGAUGCCAAUUAUUGCUUCACUGUGAUUGAUAUUGGCGCUUAUGGCAGAGAGGGAGAUGCCGGUAUCUUUGCGUCUUCACAGUUUGCAAUGGACUUGGAAAAUGGUUCUUUAGGAAUACCACAUCCAUCUCCACUAGUUUACUCCGAUGUGAUAUCAACCCACGUCUUUGUUAUGGAUGACGCAUUUCCCUUGAUGAAAAACCUCAUGAAACCUUAUCCCGGCAGAUCGUUAGGCACCUUGCUAGAAGGAGAAAGAACUUUCAACUACAGAUUGUCGCGUGCAAGACGAACGGUGGAAAACGCAUUUGGAAUCAUCGUCAGCAAAUUGCGCAUUUUUUCCAAACCAAUCAUUGCUAGUCCGUCCAAUGUUGAGAAGUACAUAAAAGCCGGCGUGGCUUUGCACAAUAUGCUUAUCCGAGAAGACAGUCGUUUCUAUUUAGACAAUCAAAAUUUAUCAGACCAUUUUGAUGCUAACGGAAAGUUAAUUGAAGGAGCGUGGAGGAGUGAUGCUACCGCAAAAUCGAUGUUCCAGUAAAUUUUUUAUUAGUAU